AAGAAUUCACAUCCCAGCUGUGGCCAUGAGGAUCCUUCACCUCCUCCUGGUUGUCCUUUUCCUGGUGCUCCAAGGGGCUGCAGGACAACAAGCGUUUGCUAGGCUAGAUAAUUCUUGUUUGAUCCAAAAUGGACGCUGCUUCCCAGGGAUUUGUCGUCGCCCGUAUUACUGGAUUGGAGAGUGCAGCAAUGGAUAUUCUUGCUGCAGAAAGUGA